CGACCCAUUCUGGUACUAUGGGAACGCCUGAAGGAGACGCAAAAAGAAGACUGGGCUGCUUUGAAGUUUGGGACAUUGAAUCCAAGGAUGGACAUCCUGUGGCAGCAGUCGCAGAUACGGGAGCCGACGGUUGCUUCGUCUCUUCUGCACUUGCCAAGCAACUUGUGUGCAUGGGUCGAGACGACUCACAAUAAGCUCAUUAAACUAGCUUCUGGCAAGGUAGUAAGAUCAAUUGGGACGGUGUUCUUGGAAUGUUUGUUUAAAGGCGACAUCGUCGGAAGAUUCGUCUUCUGCCACGUUGUCAAGAACCUCUUACACUCACUAUCCUUUGGAAGGCUUCUACUGGAAGGUACAAGUACUCUCACGACUAGCAAAAGCCGUAUCAUACGUGCUGCGUCCAAGGUUACGAAACGAUUAUUCCGACUUCACUUGCUCGGUGAAGGUCUCGGAAAGAUACGGGGAUACCUCGACGGAAUGGCCACCUUCGGACUUCCAAACAAAAGAUCCGACAUCAUGGCUGCUUCCUUGAGGCUAGCGCGGCGACAGAGCUGGGAGAUCAACAGCAGUCCGGUCAGCCGCGCUCAAGUACAGUUUGCCGACGGAUCAGCCGUCUUCGCUCGUGGUCUCGUCUCGGGGCUCGACUGGGGUUUUGGGAACAAUGACACCCCGGUAAACUGUUACUUUUACGUCAUUAAUAAUCUGCCUCUUGAUUUGAUUCUCAGCUGUGACUUUGUGCUCGACUUGGAUCUCUUCUUCAGUAAAUACAAGACCUUCUUCGAACCGCCUAAACCCAGUCACGACGAUGAAGAUGGUGCACUUUUCUGCAAUAUCCGUCUACAUAAGUCAUUCCGCGGAACGGUUUUUAAUUAUCCUGGGAGGAAGCCAAGCUCAUCGGCAACAGCCCCUAUCAAUGACUCUUCGGGCGAUGUGGUCAAGCGCGAGCUCGACCGUCGGGAUCAGGCUGAUGUUGAUAUAUCAAACCUACCUGAGCCAGAAAAGACCAAGAGGCAGGUCGCUGAGGACGAGUUGAGGGUGAAGUGGGAUUGGUGA